CACGGUGCAUCGUUACCGUUCUUUGCGUUCAUGGGUAACGACAUCUACAACUAUAUGCUGAAGUUCUGCAGAAGUUCACCAAUCGAAUUAUUCCACGUCAAAAUUCCACAUAUGUGGGCGCUGUUAUUCGCAGCUUGCGUUAUGCAAUGGGUUUGUAUACGAUUCGUGUAUCGUUUGAACGCAGAGGUUCGAGCGUUGACCGUUACGUUGGUGGUCACUUUGCGUAAGUUUUUGUCGCUAUUGAUCUCGAUUCUGUGGUUCAAGAAUCCGUUCACGAUACAACACUGGAUCGGCGCGAUACUCGUCUUCUCGGGAACGCUCGCCUUCGCGGACAUUUGGGAUAAAUUUUCGUCGAAGAAAGAACUGGAGAAGAAGAGUGAGUAG